AUGUCUCUGAACGAAGCCCGGCCCAACAGCGUUUUCUCCCGCCGGUACUUGGCCACCCAAGCGUUGGACGUCUCCCGGAGCUCCGCCACAGCGGCGGCGACGCUGGGGUCGGUCUUAUCGAGGGUUAUGGUGUUCCUUACCUUGUCAAUAACCUCCGCCGUCUCCUUCACGUAUUCCUCUUCAGAGGAGGCCGCACGGGCCAGGGGAGGUAACAGCAGGGCCGCGCCGGCGGAUAGGGAGAGGAAAUUGCGGCGGGAGGCGGUAGAGGCUGCGGCGGAGGAGGCGGAGGGUGAGGCUGAGGCGAUUAUUCUGGAGCGGAUGAGAGGCGGAGUAGUGGGUUUAGGGGUGGCGGAAUUGGGGGUGAUGAGGGUUGGGGAGGCCAUGGUUGAGGAUUACGGCCGGCCCGAUAGUUGGAGACCCGUGACGGAAAAGCUUCUUUUGAACAUUCAUUUCACCUGCAACUCCUCAGCCGUACAUCUUGCACCUCUUUCAUCAUCUGAAGUCGAGAUUAUACACCUAUACUGCCUUGAUGUGAAAAUCUCCCAUAAAUACAUGGAUAAGAUGUCAUUCCAUCCUUCCUCUGUUGUGACGCAACCACUACAGGCGGCGUCUGAUGGCGGGACCUUGACGGUGGCAGCCAAGGGUUGGUGUCUGUGA